UUGUGUUGUGUUGUGUUAAUCAAGAUCUUUCUAGGGCAUGUUUCAGUUACAAGAAAAAAUUUGGUUCCUCUGUUUCUUUUAUGUGGGUUUAGGGUUUAGGGUUGAAUUGCACAUGGGGAAACUUGAUACUUUAAAUUUAACCAAACUACUUUAAAAAGGAAGCUUUCUUAAUCUCAAGCAAUGAAGCAUCACUUUUCACAAAGAGACAAUAGAGGAUCCAUAUCAAAACCACCAAGGGGUUAGUAGAGCCUUAGGAAGAGUAGGUCACCAAUUCGAAUCCCAUGAAACACUUGACCCCCUUGGGUCCACCACUGUAUGUACCCGGGGACUAAUUGAAGCAACCCCUAGUCAUAUUAAGUAUCAAUAACUUAUGUGAAUAUAAGUGUUUGACUCUUUUAGGACCAUUCUAAGGCUGUGUCCAAUAAUUACUGAAUAUGUAUAGGACAUAAAACUGCCUGUACUUAAUGUUGUGGCAACAUCCCAAUACCAUCAUUACCCCCAAAAAAAAGAAGGAUUCAUUGCUGGGUGUUGUUUUGUCUAGUUGAAUAUGAUCUAUGUAUGUUCUUUUUGAAUCCAUGAAAUGCUUGGAAAUCAAUUUAUGGUGUGCUUACUGUAUUUCAGUUGCAGGGUUGACUCUAAUGAACCAUCCUUAACCAUGGCUUCUGGAUCAUUCUACAUUCCAAAACAAAAGGAGCAGAAUCCUCUAGGCGAUGAUGCUCACUUCAUCUGUCCAAAGCAGCAAACCAUUGGAGUCGCAGACGGUGUGGGCGGUUGGGCCAGAAAGGGUGUGGAUCCAGGGGAGUACGCAAGGGAACUAAUAGCCAACUCUGUCAUGGCAACUCUUGAUCAGCCUAAAGGAACUGUUGUUGAUCCUAAAGAAGUGUUAAAUCAUGCUUUCUUGAAUACUGAAGCCAGAGGAUCAUCCACUGCUUGCAUUUUGACUCUUUCAGGCAAUAUCUUGCAUGCUGUGAACGUUGGAGAUAGCGGAUUCGUGCUGAUGAGAGGGGGGGAAAUUGUGUAUAGAUCACCAGUGCAGCAACAUAGAUUUAACUGUCCCUAUCAGCUGGGAAAUACCAAUGAUAACCCGAGUUUAGCAAAGGAGCUGAAAGUUCGUGUCAUUGAAGGAGACAUCAUUGUAGCUGGAACUGAUGGACUGUUUGACAACCUCGAUUCUUCUGACAUCGAGCAGGCAGUAAACCGAGGCCUUGACGAAGACAUCAUGCCUCCAGCAUUAGCUUGGAACAUUGCUAGAUUUGCAUACUACAGAUCUGUGGAUUGUGAUGCUGAAAGUCCUUUUGCAAAAGCAGCUCAAGAGGCAGGAUAUAAAUUAACAGGAGGCAAAAUUGAUGACAUAACUGUCAUUGUGGCCUAUAUUGUAUCUUCAGACUUGGUUCACCAUUAAACUGAAUUCAGAGUAAGGAUAUUUCUCGGAUUUUUGCACUUGUCACCGGUAGGCGGCUAUCUUUGCAUCUGUAAUCUUUCUUAUCACGGUAGAACUACAUCAGCUGUGGAUGUUUUCGUGUUUCAUUGAUUGUGCUUUGGAUGUAAAGAACGAUUUGGAUAAAAGUUAUUUUUUUAAGAUGUAUAGAAUCAAUUUAUACUUUCAA